AGCUCACCUUGGGUCUGAGGAACUCCCCGCUGCGAAUCACCACCUCCAGCCAUGGCGGCUCCAGCAGCAGCUUUGAGAAGAUGGAUGCCAAGCUGCCAACGCAGCCCAAGGUGUCCCUGAUGACCAGGACGGAGAAGGAAAAGGUGGCGGAAGAGCAGAAACCGAACCGACUGAGCGCCGAGGAGCUGGGCAAAAUUGAGGAAGAAGACGUCUUGGAUAAGAUGCUGGACCAGACCAGAGAUUUUGAGGAGCGACGGCUGAUCCGGGCAGCCAUGCGGGAUCUGCGCCAGCGGAAGCGAGGAUGCUGGUGGAUUGCGUCCCGCUGGUCGACGUGGAAGACAUGAUGAUCAUGGGCAAACGCCCGGAUGCGAAGUGCGUCUUCACCUACGUCCAGUCCCUCUACAACCACCUGCGGCGUUACGAGCUUCAGCGGCGGCAGGCGCACCUGUAGCCUUCUCCUCUUCCCGAGGGACCUCCCUCUCCCCCCCCCGCCAAAGGCUGGGCGGGCAGUCGAGGAGCAGGGGGGUGGGUGAAAGCUUUCCCCACUCUUCCCCACCUCCUGUUCUUCUGGGGGCUGCAGCAGCACCCGUUUCCCCCCACCGCAGGCCAGCCGUUUGGCAAAUUUGGACCACACCGAGUGCCGGGUGAGGCCGCCCGGCACAGAAAAAAGGGAACACCGUAAGGUUUGACUGCCGACUCUUCACCACACUUGCUUUUUAUACUAAGGUUGCUUUGAUUGUGAUAAGUUAUUCUGUUUUUUUUUAAAAAAAAAACGCCCCCUCCCCAGUCCUGACGGUACCAGAGCUUUCUUUCCCUGAAGCCCCAAACCCAACAAAGGGGGAUCUGUUUGGAGGCGGCUUGCAAGAGAUCUACUGGAUCUCAGCGUAGGGUCUGUCCGUUGUGUGAGCCCCACGCUGUGUCCGGCGGUU